GCGGCUCCGAGAACGGGCGGGGACGGCCCUACAGCCCCGCUCUGCGUGACUAGCUUAGGCUGCGACCAGCCCCGCUCCCGGGAGCGGCGGGGAGGGGGCUCCGGGGGGCUGGACGGCACCUCUGGCCCCGCCCGGUGCCGCCCUGUCCCGGUGCCGGCCCGCCUGCUCCCGCUGGGUCCCGAGCCGGUCAGAGCGGGCUCCCUACGCCAUGGAUCCGCCCGAGGAGGUGCGGGCGCGGCUGGAGCGGUCCGGGCAGGGCCACCUGCUGCGGUUCUGGGCCGAGCUGGGCCCCGAGCAGCGCAGAGCGCUGCUGGCGGCGCUGCCGCCGGGGCUGGGCGAACACUGCCGGCUGGCGGCGGCGGCCGGGGCCCGCCAGCGCGGCCCGCCCGAGCGCCUGGACGGCCGGAUGGAGCCGCUCCCCGCCGAGCUUCUGGGCAGCGCUCGCCGCAGCGGCCCCGCCGCGCUGCAGCGCUGGGAGGCGGAAGGCUUGUAUCAGAUCUCGCAGAACAAGGUGGCAGUGCUGCUUCUGGCUGGAGGGCAAGGAACCCGCCUGGGAGUGAGCUAUCCCAAGGGCAUGUACAACGUGGGGUUGCCCAGUGGCAAGAACUUGUAUCAGAUCCAGGCAGAAAGAAUCCGCAAAGUGGAGCAGCUCGCUGGCCAGAGACAUUGCUGCAAGUGUGCCAUUCCCUGGUACAUCAUGACAAGUGAGUUCACACUGGGGCCAACAGAAGAGUUUUUUGUACAACACAACUACUUCAACUUGGAUAGAUCCAACGUGAUCAUGUUUGAACAGCGAAUGCUGCCUGCUGUCACCUUUGAUGGGAAGGCCAUCUUGGAGGAGAAGGGGAAAAUUGCUAUGGCUCCAGAUGGCAAUGGUGGCUUAUACCGUGCUUUGGUGGAUAAUAAGAUCUUGGAUGACAUGAAGCAGCGUGGAAUCCAGUAUGUCCACGUAUAUUGUGUGGACAAUAUCCUCGUGAAAAUGGCAGAUCCAGUCUUCAUAGGUUUCUGUGUUUCCAAAGGGGCAGACUGCGGUGCAAAGGUGGUGGAGAAGGCCUACCCCACGGAGCCAGUUGGGGUGGUGUGCUGUGUGGAUGGGGUGUACCAGGUGGUGGAGUACAGUGAGAUUAGCCCGGAGACUGCGCAGCAGCAGCGCCCUGAGGGGGGACUGAUGUUCAGCGCUGGCAACAUCUGCAACCACUUCUUCACUGUUGAUUUCCUGGAAAUAGUGGCCCAGAAAUGUGAGCCGCAGCUGAAGCAUCACGUAGCCAUAAAGAAGGUGCCCUACAUUGACAAGGAGGGAAAUCUGGUAAAACCACUAAAACCGAACGGGAUAAAGCUGGAGAAGUUUGUGUUUGAUGUGUUCCAGUUCUCUAAGAAUUUUGUGGCAUUUGAAGUUUUGAGAGAAGAAGAGUUCUCACCACUAAAAAAUGCAGACAUGGCUGACAAAGACACUCCUACCACUGCUCGGCAAGCCCUUCUGGCCCAGCAUUACCGCUGGGCUCUCAAGGCUGGGGCCAGAUUUGUGGAUGAAAAUGGUUGCAGGAUACCAGAGAAACUCAGUCUCUCAGGAACUGAAGAUCCUCCAGCUGUGUGUGAGAUUUCUCCGUUAGUGUCUUACUUUGGAGAGAAAUGGAAGCAGCUGUCCCGACUCCAGCGGAGUGUCAUUCUCUUCCUAUUUGCCUUCUUGGCAGUCUGUGGAGUCAUUUCGUACACAAGCAUGGGAGAAGCAUGGAAAAGUCUAACAAACAAGCCAUUAGAUGAUCAGAGAACAGAACAAGAAAUUCCUGGAGUAAAGCUGGCAAAUCCAGCUGUUCUACCAGCACCCCAGAAAGCAGAUGCCAACCGUGGAGACUACCCUGAGCUUUCGCCGCAGAAGCAGCCAAACCCACCUCAUGUUCGUCGUGGUCCUUCCAAUCUUCAGAUCAAGGCACCACAGAGGGACACAAGGCUGAAGACCCGACACAGUACCAUCAGGGCUGUAGAAGGGCCAGUCCAGACUGAUAAAGGAGAGAAAACGGAGAAAUCCAUUAUCAGCUGGAGAGGAGCAGUGAUAGAACCUGACCAAAACACUGAACCUCCAUCCAGUAAAAUAAAGGAACCAGAAAAACCUUCAUCUGUGGAGGCUGAAGACCAGAAGGAACCAGUGCCCAUAAAUGAGCGGCAGCUGGCUGUGAUCGAAGCCUUCCGCCAUGCCUGGAGAGGGUACAAGGAUUUUGCCUGGGGCCACGAUGAGCUGAAGCCUUUGUCCAAGUCCUACAGUGAGUGGUUUGGACUUGGGCUUACCUUAAUUGAUGCCUUGGAUACCAUGUGGAUUUUAGGCUUAAAAGAAGAAUUUGAAGAAGCAAGAAAAUGGGUAGCAAAUGAUUUAGUAUUUGAUAAAAACGUGGAUGUGAACCUGUUUGAGAGCACUAUCCGUAUCCUGGGCGGCUUGCUGAGCACCUACCACCUCUCUGGAGAUAGCCUUUUCCUGGAAAAAGCUAAAGACAUUGGGAACAGGCUUAUGCCAGCAUUCAAGACCCCCUCCAAGAUACCGUAUUCUGAUGUCAACAUUGGCCGGGGCACUGCACAUCCUCCUCGUUGGACAUCCGAUAGCACUGUGGCAGAGGUGACCAGCAUUCAGCUGGAGUUUAGGGAGCUCUCUCGUCUCACUGGAGAUGAGAAGUUUCAGAAAGCUGUAGAUGAGGUGAUGAAGCAUGUUCACACACUCUCAGGGAAAAAUGAUGGCCUUGUGCCUAUGUUCAUCAACACCAACAGUGGGCAGUUCACGCACCUGGGGGUCUACACUCUGGGAGCCAGAGCUGACAGCUACUAUGAAUAUCUGCUCAAGCAGUGGAUUCAGGGUGGGAAAAAAGAAAACGAGCUGUUGGAAGACUAUAUGAGAGCCAUAGAAGGGGUGAAAAAGCAUCUUCUUCAGAGAUCAGCCCCCAAGAAGCUUACUUUUGUAGGAGAGCUUGCUCAUGGCCAUUUCAGUGCCAAGAUGGAUCACUUGGUUUGCUUCUUGCCGGGUACUUUGGCACUAGGAGCCCACAAUGGACUGGAUGCUGAUCAUAUGAAGUUGGCUGAAGCCCUUAUAGAAACCUGCUACCAGAUGUACGCUCAAGUAGAGACAGGCCUGAGCCCGGAGAUUGUACAUUUCAACCUCCAUGCGCAGAAGGGCCACAAAGAUGUGGAAAUCAAGCCCGCAGACAGGCACAACUUACUGCGACCAGAGACUGUGGAAAGCCUUUUUUAUAUGUACAGAUUCACUGGUGAUAAGAAAUAUCAAGACUGGGGCUGGGAAAUCUUGCAGAACUUCAAUAAAUACACACGGGUUCCUACAGGUGGUUAUACUUCCAUUAACAAUGUCCAGAAUCCCAGUAAUCCAGAGCCACGGGAUAAGAUGGAGAGCUUCUUCCUUGGAGAAACACUCAAAUACAUGUUUCUGCUGUUUUCAGAUGACAUAGACUUAAUCAACCUUGACAAAUACAUCUUUAACACGGAGGCUCAUCCACUCCCUAUCUGGGUGCCAGCAUAGACUCUGCAACACUGGACCUUUCAGUGGUGGCAUUUUUAUCUCCAAGUCACUUUACUUUUCCGGGUUUGAGGAGAGAUGCUAUAUUGCACCUUUUUUGGCUUCAAACAACAAACAAAACCUUGGGGAAAGCAUCUCUGGUUUGAAGAAAUCAUGUCAGUCUUAAAUCUAAUCCCUGGUUCUGGGAUGAACAAACCGUGCCAUAUGAAGCUGGUUUCCCUAGUACUGAUGACGAGGUUCAGAGAGUAAUUGCAGUGUGGACCACGACAUUCAUGGGGCUCUGGUGACCCAGAACUCACUUAUGUCAGUCUUACUAAAUGCUCAUUAUAUAUUGGGAAUGCAGCAAGUCAGCUUAGGGCACAGGGUUGUUCCUGGAGAGCAAGAAUAAGCCUACAGUUUUUUUGUUUAUUCUGGAUUCACUGAAACACUGGAUUACAGAGCCAUUCCUUUGUCAGAAUGUGACAGUGGUUCAGGUGGAAAGUGGAAUAAACAAAAGAGCUGUAGUGCUGUCCCAGGUAGAAGCAAAUCUGUCAGUAUUGCUGCUGAUACUCAGAUCUCAUUCCAAACUCACAAGCUGUGCUGCAUCACCUUAGGGAGAAGGAAGAAGCAGCAGAGCAUCCAUUGUAGAGCACUUUGAACAGUCUAUUCAAGCUGAGGCUGAAAUGAAUGGUGAAAGGGAAUUUGCUGCUGGUUUGGCUCAAAGUGGUAUAUAAUUUUUUAGAGGUAUUGCAGUUUUUUAACUUAUCUGCAGGAAUGCAGGAGAUAAUGUGAAAUACAAGUGAAACUACAUGUGCAUUUUAUAUAUUAUUUGCAUCAGUUAGACUCAGGUAUUCUGACUGAAAGCUGCUUUCUGAGGUUGGGUACUGGGAAAGCUUGUGAGCACAUUAGUUAUCAGCCUCCUUCCGUCCCUUCCUGUCCAGAUAUCACAUCAUGAGGUGUUUGUUGACUCAAGCUUACAACUGUACAGCACAGUUAAUGUUAUUCAUAAUUUCUUGGACUGGAGAAAUUUUCAAUUUUUUUUUUCCUUAGUAAUACAUUGGUUAGAAGUAUUUUCGAUAGUAGUGUUAAAAGCAGACAGUCUGAAAGUAUUACAGUAAUUUCAGGUCCCAGUAGAAUUAGAGAAAUCCAUUUCAGUUGCUUGAAGACAAAGCAGACCCAGGUUUUUUAAGAAUCUUAUUGGAGCCCUGGAAUCUUUCAUUUUUAUACGUGCAAUAGAUUUCAAACCAUGAAUUUGGAAAUGAGCUUUCUUUAGUGCUUGUCCUUUUGGAUUUGUAGCUACUUGGACAGUCCUGUAUUCACAGAUAAGAUCUCAGAAAUGUGCUUGUUCAUAUUUCUGGAAGAGGUUUUUCUCGCUGAAAUGCCCUUUCCCCUGUGGCAGUGGGUGUGAUGGGCACAACCAGGUGGCAGCAGGGAGGUCCAGUCCCCACUAACACCAGUGCCACUGACAGAACUGAUUGAGUCUGACUGGAAUGGCUGAGGGAGGUAUGUGUAUUUUAUAGUAAUUAAAACCUUUGAUUUGUAAAGUAA